UAUUUUGGUUGAUCAGUGGGCAGAGUGGAAGAUAACACCCCCGCCCACUUGCUGAUGAGAGCAGGUCACGGGGCCUCCACUGUUUUGAUUUUCGGCUCGGGCAAAGCAGAGGCAGACAUGGCGGAAGAGUGGAGGUGCGGGUGACUCUUCCAAGUAACCCUUCUACUGCGUUAAAACUCCGUUGUAGCAAGUAAGGCAGCAGAAGAUACCGGGGAAGCUGGCGGCUUUGUACGGAGCUCUGUUCCUCCCGGAGGACAUGGAGAUCACGGCGGAGGGAGAGGCUGAGGAGCGCAGGAGGGAACACUGGAAGCUGCUGUCCAGUCUGAAGACCACAGUGGAGGGUCUUGUGUCCACCAACAAUCCCAAUGUGUGGUCACGCUAUGGUGGCCUGCAGCGGCUGCACAAGGACAUGAACAACAUCCUCAGUCAUGGACUGAAGAAUGAGCAGGUGUACUAUAAGCAGAGAGACUACUGGCCGUUUGUGUGGUGUGUUCGUUAUAUCAGCCCUCACCUCGCCUCACACGUUGAACAGUUCAGUCACCUGGAGCCGGUACUGGCUAGCGGGAUGCAGAGCGCUGGUGAAAGCUACAAGGCAGAGCGCUGGCUGCUACACAGCUUACAGGUUCACAAGCUGUCGGCUCAGCUCCGACCUUUGCUCAGGCAUCUGGGACAUACACGUAAAUAUUAUAAUGAUGAUGCCUUUUUGCUGAGCGAGCCCCACGUGACUGCCAUGUUUCAGUGUCUGGAAGCUGUGGAGCAGAAUAACCCCAAACUGCUGGCCCAAGUAGACACAGUUGGGCUGUCCCCUCUGAAGGCCCCGCCAUGUCUGGGUCUGUUGAAGAGCCAGAGCCUGUGUGUGUUGCCAGGGGCCGGUGGGGCCUGGAGGAACCGUGACUCGGCCCCCCGAGGAGAAUCUCUAAACCGCAGACUCACCACCUCCGACUGCUCUCUGCGAGAAGCAGUCGCCACCAGCCAUAAAUCUGGGAACACUACGGGAGUUGGAUCCCAAAACAACAACAGCACAAAUGCUACCUCUCCAGCGAGCAGCCUGGGAGCUCCUUGGGUGUGUGUGUCCGGCCCAGGGGAGAGCGAGCCGGGCAUUACACCCCCUCCUGGCCCCGUCUCGGUCCCUUGUAUCUCCAUAACAGAGUCCCCCAAGCCCACCUCCCUUCAGCCUGAGACUGGGGACUCUGGUGAUGGCGACUAUGACGAUGGUCCGGAGUACCUGGCUAUCGGUAACCUGGGGCAACGCAGUCGCCGCGACUCCCAAAGCUCCACCCACAGUAGUGAGCCAGGCGAAAACCAGGACCAGUCCCUGGAACGGAGUUCCCAGGCCCCGCCGCCACCCAGACGCUCAUCUUUUUCAGAGGGCCAGAGGGGGCCAGGUCGUGGGUCCCGAGGCCACACACGCUCGUUUUCUGACACAGGGGUCAAUCAGAAACUCAGGAAUGAAUCAGCAGGCGGUGACUGCUGUAUGAAGGACUACAGUCCCUUCUCAACUCAGUGCAGUGAUUCCAGCACCCCCAGUUCCCUCUACAUGGAGUCUCAUGGGUCCCAGUACAGCAGCGUGUCAGAUGGGAUGUUCAGGAAGCCGUCAGAGGGCCAGAGCCUCAUCAGCUACCUGUCAGAGCAGGACUUUGGCAGCUGUGCUGACCUCGAAAAGGAGAAUGCUCAUUUCAGCAUUUCAGAAUCCCUUAUUGCAGCCAUUGAGCUGAUGAAGUACAACCUGCGCCGUCAGGAGGAGGAAGGCGAGGAGGAUGGAGACAGUGACUGUGAGAUUCAGCAGCUCAAACAGAAGAUCCGUCUGCGCAGGCAACAGAUCCGCCGCAGCCGCCUGCCACCCUGCACAACCUCCCAGCACUUUUUUCACUCCACCGACAGUGGAGGCUCCAGGAGGAGCUCUCAGGACUCCUGCCAGGGCCUGUCUGACUCCGGCUCAGCUGAGGAAGUGGAAGAGUGUGAACUAAGAGAUGGCUGUGAGGGUCAGUCCCUGCUGGCGGUGUCUCAGAACGGCCUCUCCCUGUCACUCGCCUCCCUCUUCUCAGAUGCAGACAUAAAGCGCAGUGUGAGCUCCAGCAGCAGGUCUUUUCUGAGCUCAGAGUCCAUCUCUCCAUCCUUCCUCCAGUCUAACUCUGCUGAGUCAGUAGCCAUGGGUUUGCUCAGGCAGUUUGAGGGCAUGCAGCUUCCUGCCGCCUCGGAGCUCGACUGGCUGGUCCCAGAACACGAUGCUCCACAGAAGCUGCUUCCCAUCCCUGAUUCUCUGCCGAUCUCACCUGAUGAUGGCGAACAUGCAGACAUCUACAAGUUGAGGAUUCGGGUCCGAGGCAACCUUGAGUGGGCGCCGCCUCGACCGCAGAUUAUCUUCAACAUUCACCCUGCACCCAAGAGGAAGAUAGUUGUGGCUAAACAGAACUACCGCUGCGCUGGCUGUGGCACCCGCAUCGACCCAGACUAUAUUAAGCGACUGCGUUACUGUGAAUACCUCGGCCGUUACUUCUGCCAGUGCUGCCAUGAGAACGCCCAGGCGGUGGUUCCUGGCCGAGUGCUGAGGAAGUGGGACUUCAGCAAGUACUACGUCAGCAACUUUGCCCGGGACCUGCUAAGCAAGAUUGCUGGAGACCCACUGUUCAACCCUAAUGACAUCAACAGCAGCCUGUACAAGAAGAUCAAAGCUCUGGAGGCUGUCAGGGUUUUGAGGGUACAGCUAUUUCACAUGAAAAAUCUCUUCAAGACCUGUCGCUUUGCUAAAGAGGUGCUGGACCAGUUCGACAGCCUGCCCGGUCACCUGACCGAGGACCUUCACCUCUUCUCCCUCAAUGACCUCACUGCUGUACGCAAUGGGGAACUGGCUCCCCGAAUGAAAGAGCUGCUUAAGCUUGGUACCAUGCACGUAGCUGGCUGUGUGCUGUGCCAGGCGAAGGGUUUUGUGUGCGAGUUCUGCAACAACGACAAAGAUAUCAUCUUCCCCUUCCAGCUGAACAAGUGCCAGCGCUGCGAAGACUGUCACGCGUGUUAUCAUCGCAGCUGCUUCCGGACAGGUAAAGACUGUCCUCGAUGUCAGCGGCUGGCAGAGCGGAGAGAGAGGAUGGCACGCAAAAACAUGGAGGAACAAGAAGAUGAGGGAGGUGGGACCUAGUGCUGGUAGCAAAGGAAACUCAGAGACAAAAGAAGAAGAAGAGCAGCACAAACGCGACCGUGAUUGUAGUGACUGACCAGCUCUCUUUCCGUUCCACUUCUCUCAGACCUGGGUGACAGUGCUCGCUGUUUUGAUCUCAACAGACUGCCAGAUAUGCAGCAUUGACCACAUCAGGGCAUCAGUUGGAUCAGUGUCAUAUGAGUUAAAGAGGAGCACGGCAACUGUUGAUUUUCAGACACAUUUUUUUAUGUCAGCCCUUUUCAUACAUGCAUUUUACUCUCUGAAUGUGUCCUGUUUGAACAAGAGGCUGAGUUGUUUUUACAUAAAAAUCAAGUAUAUCAAGUAUAUCUCAGUUCCCUCCAUGGUUUGCCACUUUUCUAAUCGAGUUUUCAAAGAAACACAGAUUGAAAAAAAAAAUAUGCUAACAUUUCUUCUACAGCUCAGCAUUGACUCAUCCACAGAAUUUGGUUCCUAAAGUGAUUAUUUCAUUUAAUUUCCUUGUAAGAAAAUGAAAAUUAAAGGCCCUAUGUGUGGGAUUUGAAAAUAAUUAUUUUAGUGACUCCCAGUGGUAAAAUGAAAAAAAAAAAAAUCAGUCUCGCAGCAGUCAUUGUUGCUCCAAAAAAAUUUUAGAAUACAUAAUUUUGGCAGCUUGUGAGAGAAGUGAGAACCCUUUUUUCCUUAUUGUGUCAUCAUUUUCCUUUUAUUGUCACCUUUCUGAUUAGUGCUGCACUUGCAUGCACAGCGUAUAGGAAAAGUUAAUUGUGAGUGACAGAACCCGCUGCCUUACAGGGUUAUCUGAUGUCAGCCGUGUUGCAGUUACAUGUGUGAAAAGGGCCCCAGAUUCUCUAAACCUCUUGGCACUUUAUCUCUUCCGCGGAAAAAUCAACAUAUUUUACAUUUAAAUAUAUCAGAAAAAGAAGUUUUUGCUCAGACUAUUGUACCCAGGUUUGAUUUUUCUCCUUCCCACAAUUGCAACUUCUGACAACUGCUUUGACUGUGGUGAUUUUUUUUUACUGGCUACUUAGCUGAAGUUUGUUUUUGUGACCUUAAAAAAAUCAAAUAGCAAGUAAAAGUUUAGAUCUGUUUUAUGAUUUAACUGAUUUCCAGUGCAGAUACUGUAUUGAAGCUGUCCUUCCCUUUACAUUGAGGUAUUUGUUUUAAUUUGAAAACACUGCAGUCAUUUAAUUAAUCCUUUCUUAUCCCUGAUCCUUCCUGUCAUGUUUUAAGUUGUUUUAAGCUGCGCUUAUGUGCCUCUGGGACCAAUGAACUUAGUCUGGUGGAGUUACAUUGGACAGCUGAAUUCGUAGAAGGACGGCACUUCAGAAAGAGGUUUCAGAGUCAGCGUUGCUAAUAUUUUAAGUGAAACUGCAAAUGCUUAAUUCUUGUGCUGCUUUGUAUGGUUGUGUGAGAGCUAUGUGAAUAUGAGCGCGUGUGUAUUUGUGUGUGUGUGUGUAUGUACACACAUGUCUACCUGCUGUACAUGGAGUCAUGCACAGAUGGUUUGCACCAGCCUAAUCAGCACUUGCCUGUUUUCUAAUGUCGUAGGUUUUGGAAUAAUAGAGAGAGAGUCUGGUUAAUUGCACUGAUCCUGUCUGUUUUUUUUUUUGUUUUGUUUUUUUUGGAGGGGUGAGUUGGGAUGAUCACUCUUUUGGGGACUUCUCAGAUGUCCGUUGUUAGAACAUGAACCUUCACCGUGAAAUGUCAGUUUUCAUUGGUCCUGUCACCUGGGUAGCACUACUCUGUGAGGGGUUUUAGUCCAAACUAAGAGAUCCUACGUUGGAUUGUCAUACUCUUAACGUGUAGCUGAAGCAUUAAUCACCUCUUGGACUGAAAUCUUUCAUAUAUAAGUGUUUUUUUCUCCUCCAGCAUAGUAUAGUACAGUGGUUCCCAACACUUUUGGCUGGUGAUCCUUUAAUGGAAUAGUUUGACAUUUUGGAAAUAAAUACACUUAUUACUCUUUUGCCAAGAGUUAAAUGAGAAUAUUGAUACCGCUCUCAUGUCUGUAUGCUGAAUUUGUUUCUGGGACCAGUUCAACUAAACAGUAGUUUUCCUUCUCAGACUUUUUUAUUUGAAGGAUUUUUAGAAGCUCAGAGUAAAGAGGUGAAACUACCCAGUAUCAAACAAGCAUAAAGCCAAAAUUAAGGAAAAGUCAUAAAAAAUAUGCAUAAUUUUAAACAAGUUUUUUCUUGCCAUUUAAAUCAUUAGGUGACCCCUUCAGAUUUUUGUGAGAACCCAUUUUGUGGGUCCUGAGCCUAAGGUUGGAAACCACUGUUACAUUUUAUUGUCAUUAAAGCCUACCUGGACUGUAUCUCCUGCAAAAGCCUUGUGACCGAUUUUGCUUUUAGGGCCUCAUCUCAAGAGUGUACAGCAAACGGUGUUUCAGUAGUGAGUUAAAAUAACCAUCAGCCUGAAUUCUCAUGUUAAAAGUUUUUUAGGUCACUUUCUUUUUUUCUUUUUUUUUACAGGAAAGAUUGUUUUGGGGAAAAAUGAGUAAAUUUGUUCAUGUUAUAGUAAAAAAUAGAGAGAAAAAAACAAAUUUGCAACCCACUGAUUUAAUCAAACAUUUCAGAAAUUAGAUUCGUUUUUUUUUUUCCUAAGUAUAAUUUUAUAUGAACAAACCUUUUAAGAGAUUAGGCUCCAGUGUACAUACCAUCCUCAACAGGCUUUGCUUUAUGUGUACAAUCCCUCAAGAGAUGGACACACUCUCAUGAGACACCACUUAAAGCAAUAAAGGUGAUAUUUAUGUCCCACAUCCCUCACGGACAAGCUUUUAAAAGAUAAACUGCACCCAUGUAAAUCCAUGGUUUUAACCAGGCUGCUUUUUAAGGAAACACUGAAUUCUUCUUCUCAUGGCUCCUGAACGAAGUGACCAAACGACUCCACUGAAAAACCUCCUCAGCUCAGAAAAUUAGUUGUCCUUGCCUUUAACGUGGAGGUUUAAAGUGCACUACAGAUUAAAAUGUCUAUUAUUAAAAAUUUUGAUUAUUGUUAUUAUGAUUAUUAUUUGUGUUAAUUUGCCUUUGUUCUGUAAUUAUGUUGACAAUAAAAGAAUGGCUAGACUGUU